GAAGCUGCCCUUGACUUGGCUAACAAAGUCAAUCUUCAUAGACUCGCCGUGCGUUUGACAUACGAUGGCCUUGCUCUUUCAGGUGUUGAUCUUGCCGGUGGCGCUCCAUCUCAACAGCCUUGGAGGUCCAGAGAAUUUGGACCUCACGGUGGAGGAUACUUCCUUGUGUGUCCCUGAACAGCUGACCUCAAAGCGCCUCUGCGAUGCGAAGCUCCUCCGGAGCCUUUGCGACGGCAACGUGCAUCGGGACCUCAUCGAGGACUUCCUCGCGUCGCAGACCUGGAGCCCGUUAGGAGGCCAACAGCUGGAAUCAACGGUGAGGGCCUUGGUCUCUGAGAUGCUGUUCAUCUACGACGCAGCGGUCACUCGAGCGUUGGAGAAGGGCUGCAUAUACGCCCACAUGCUGGCGCUGCUGGUGUCAAUGCUGCGUGUCCACAUCCUCUUGUUGGCGGUGGGUUUGGUGCAGGAUAUCUGCAGCAGCCUAAUCUUCUGCUCCAGGAUGUGUCUCCAACGCCUCUUGGCGCCGCUGUGCGAAGCCUGGGGCCUCCUGGACGGCCUUUGUCGCCGUGUGCGACGUGAGCGCCCAGUGGUGCCACGCAAGAUGCUCUCGGUGCUGCCGGUCUCCGUGAACGCUGCGGCGGUGCGGCGCCGGACUCGAGCGGCGCUGGAGGCCUUGGCGACGUCGGAAGCUUUGGCAAAAGCUGGCUUGCAGCCAGAGGAUGUCUCCUGCCACGCGGCGGAGUUGAACUACAUCCAAGAGAGGUGUCAUCCCAUGCGGGAGAAGGAGAAGGGAGAUUGGUGGCUAGCUGAGGAGUCUUUGAAGACCAGCUUGGCAGUCCAGCGCCCGGUGCGCUGCUCGGACCUGCUGGGCAUCUUGGGUAUCCUGUUGCCCUUGCCCUGCACCGUGCUCUUGGCGGAGGAGCUGCUUGCCGCGCAGGAGGUCGCCACGCGGCUGCCGGGGGCCUUGCUGGGUUUGAGCGGCCUCGGAUGCGCGGCAUCCGUGGGGCUGCUGAGUGGAGGUCCUUUGGCUUGGCCUCACCGGCUCCUCCUUUUCCUCCAACUGCUGCUCGCGGCUCUUGGUGUGGCCACCGCCAGCAGCAGCACCGCUGCCACCUAUGCAACGUUUUCAGCAGCGCUGCUGGCAUCGGUGGAGCUCCGCCGCGUGGGCAGCGCGGUGCCCUGGUCGCUGCGCCGCCGGCAGCGCCUCAGCGGCGUCUUCGCCGUGGCCUUCCUCGCCGCCGCGGCGCUGCUGCGCUGGGCGCGCCUCGAGGAGGCCAGCGAGGCCUGGCUGGCCUGGAAGGCCUUGCGCAGUGGCCACUUCUGUGAUGCCAAGUAUGGCACUCUGCUCGGCCUCCCUUUCGGCGCUCUCUCGGUGCUGCUGACGUGCUUCAACGGCAAGGGACGGUGCUUCUUGGCGUCAGGUGUUUUGCUGGCAAUCUCCAUGGUCUUAUUGAUGCACACCGGCCAGGCAGGUUUGGUGGCGGCCCUUUGGUGGCUCAGCUUCUGUGAAGCCGUCUCGGUGAGCUGGCACGCACGCCCUGAGUGGGCGGCAGCAGUGAAGACGCGUUUGGAGGAGCCAGCGCAGGCACCGAUGACAUCUGGGGAGGAACGAAAAGCUCGAGAUACCCGGCUUGCCGCACGGCAACGUAGUAGUAGCCUGCCACGCGUCCGCGGAACGGGUGGCGCAUAGAGGCAGAUGUGAGAAGACUCUGAUGUUUGACACCUGAUGAUCUUCUGGGACGCCUCAAAAGAGAAAAGAACUGGCCC